CAUAGUCACCUGUUGGCCCCUGUCUUUUUCUGUAUAAUCGCUUAAACCGUGCAGAAAUGAGCACUAGUUUUACAUGGAAUGAGUCCUUAAUGCAAACAGUCGAUACACAUGUACACAGGAACACUGACACAGCUAUUAAAACGUCCCGCGCCGGAAUUAAACAUUCUUCAUCGGAAGAAUUCACGGAGGAGAAGACGAAUACAGUAACAAUGAAUAAUUCUUGUGAAUCUCUUUCUGAAGAGCUACGAGAAGUGGACAACAUGAUACAGCUUACUCAUUUAUCACCAUUCACCAUUUUGGAUAACUUGAAGUUAAGAUAUCAACGUUCUAAAAUAUAUACAUACAUAGGAAACAUUGUUGUUACCAUCAAUCCAUACAAGGACUUGUUAAUAGAUGGGCCAGAAGUCAUGCUUCAGUACUUCAACCGGCCGGUAUCGACCGUUUCUCCGCAUCUUUAUGGUUUAGCUGAAAAGGUAUAUCGUGCAACUAUUCACGGUACAACCAAUCAAGUGAUAGUUAUCAGUGGCGAGUCUGGAUCGGGGAAAACCGAGGCUUUCAAACGAAUCACUCGUUAUCUGGCAGCGGCAAGUGAUCCAGGGAGCAGUGCUUGCAAUUCUGUGGCAAAGCGGAUUUUGGAUAGUACACCGUUGCUGGAAAGCUUUGGAAAUGCCACGACUGUACGUAACGACAAUUCCUCUAGAUUCGGAAAAUAUGUCGAGAUACAGUUCAUGAACUCCAUCAUCGUUGGUGCAAAAAUAACCAAUUUUUUACUGGAGAAAAGCCGAAUCGUUCAAAAGGGCGAAAAGGAACACAAUUACCACGUGUUUUACGAGCUUCUCACUUCCCUAGAUGACGCAAGCAAGCAACGCCAUCAUUUGAAACACAUCGAUGAAUACGACUAUUUGGUACAGGGUGCAAAACGGACAAGCACUUCACACUCCGAUCCAGAUGGAUUGGCUGUUCUGUUGGAGUCUUGGCGCACUCUCGCACUGCCGAAAGAGGAAAUUGACCUGUGCUUGCGAGUAAUAUCGGCUAUUCUCCACUUGGGUAACUUGAAGUUUAAAGAACUGUGUGACGGAGAAAAAUGUAUCAUCACAAAUCCUGCGGUAACAGAAAUCGUGGCCUUGGAAAUGGGUGUCGAAGCAAAACAUUUGGAUCGUGUGAUUACCAUGAAGUUAACGAAGACAACUCGUGAGAGCCUAUGGAGCCCUGUUCGUGAAAGGCAAGCGAGAGUGAAUCGGGAUUCUAUAGCAAAGCAGAUAUACGCGCAGUUUUUUGACCGUCUGGUAGCUUUGCUGAAUGAUCGUCUUGCAUUACCAGAAACUGGAGUGUUAGGAACUAAAACCCGCACGAUCGCUCUGCUGGACAUUUACGGGUUUGAGAACCUACCUAACAAUUCACUGGAACAAUUUUGUAUCAACUACGCUAAUGAAAAUCUGCAACGGCUGUUCAAUUUCUGCAUUUUUGAGCUGGAGCAAGAGGAGUACACGAGGGAGGGAAUCGAGUGGCAGUACAUCAACUUUGCAGACAACCGUGUCAUCAUCCAACUGAUUGCAGAGAAACCAUGCGGGAUCCUCCAUCUAUGCAACGAGGAAGCUAGUCUAGCCGCAGUGAGGGAAAUGGGUUACCAUCUGGUGUCUAUAGCUGAUGGAAAUCCAGAAAGCCUGGACCACCACUUGCGGAUUCUAAAAUAAUUGUAUUAUCGAUCUCCCCUCAAAUUACUGCGGACAAAGCCAUCUCGAG